GAAUAAUUAAUUUUCUACUUUUGUAAUUUCAAUUUUUCUCUUUUAAUUAAUGUUCUCUUGGGUGAAAUUAAAAUUCUCAUUCCAUUCUAAUUAAGAAGGUUGAAUGAGAGAGUAGAACAAAGUGUUUCCAUUCUAAAUUGUAACUCGCAACUUGAAACCUGCGCUUCUCUCUCAAACCUCACGCCUCUUUUUUGAUGUUGACUCCAUUUUGAUUUUCUGAAUCCACAUUAAUUUGCUUGUCAAUAUUUUUCUGUUUUUAACCUCAUGUAUUUGAUUUAUAAAUUGUGACAAUUAAUUAGUUGAAAUAAUUUUCUUUUUUUAACAAGUGUUUUCUAUUCUUCUGUAGGAUUGUUUGAAAACAAAACCGGAUGAUCCAAUGGAUGAUGAAUCUUUCACACAGACACUCAUCCGUGGUGAAAUUAGGAUUGGUUCUGAACAUCAGGCUGAAAUACCACAAACAUUAGAAGCUCAAGGUAAAAUUGAUGAAAGAGUGUUAAAAGAUUUGGAAACACUUGUUUAUCAACCUGAAAAUGGACUGACAGAGAAAGAAAUUGACCAAUACUUAAUUAUUGCAAAGUCUGUUGGCACUUUUGCUCGAGUCUUGGAUUAUUCUAGCUCAGUUAAACAACCUAGUAUUCAUAUGACAGCAGCAGCAGCAUCACGAGAUAUCACUUUAGCUCAUGCUAUGAAUGUUUUGCAUCAAAACGAUUAUGACAUUGGUAAAGCGGUUCUCAGUCUUGUACCUCCAACGGGUCCAGUUCUUUGUCGUGAUGAGAUGGAAGAAUGGUCUGCUGCUGAAGCUAAUUUAUUUGAAAUGGCAAUGGAAAAAUAUGGAAAAGAUUUCCAUGAAAUUAGACAAGAUUUUUUGUCUUGGAAAAGCAUGAGAAGUAUUAUAGAAUUUUAUUAUAUGUGGAAAACAACGGAACGUUGUUUACAACGGAAAAGAAUGAAAGUAGCAGAGGCUGAAAAUAGAGCUCGAUUAAUGCAAAUGCAAAAUUUGAAUCAAAAUCAACCAGUAAUUGGUAACAAUGGAACAAUUGAUAGGCUUAAUUCGACUAAUAAGAAAUUCACUGAAUUCCGUAAUUUUCCCAAACUGAAUAGUAAUCAUGAUAUUAUACCAAGAGCUGCACCGGCUCCUAUACAAGCUACUUUUCCUUGUAAUGAAUGUGACCACGUUUCCCUAUCUCAAGAACGUCUUAUUGCUCAUCUUAAUUAUCACAAAUUGAAUCGUGUCACAGUGGCUAAAGAAAUGAGACCCAAAUCACAAUCAGCAAGACAUCCUGUUCUCACCCAUGAAGUUGCAAUAAGAGCAGGUAGUUCUCGUCGAAUUAUGAUGAAAACUCGAGCUGCAUUCUAUUUACAAACAACAUCAGCGGCUAAGUUGGCGCGAAGAUUAUGCUCACAAAUUAUCAGAAUUAAACACGCCGCCAGGUCACCAUUUGCACCGAUCAAUGUUGCUCUCAUCAAACAAGAAUGUCAGCUAAAACUUGCAGAAGGAGCAGUUACCUCAAUCCCAAAUUUCAAACCAAUCAACAGAGGUAAAAUAAUUGACAUAUCUCAGCGUCUUGGUACUCCACUCAUGGACUGUCCAGAAUGGUUAAUCUUAAAACCAAAAAGUCAACAAACUGGCCCCAGGCGAUUGGCCUUUCCACCCCCUUCUGAAACAGAAAAGGAUGGUCUCUUCUUUUUCAUCAAUAAACGAACACGUAAAAUCAAUCGACAGCUCAUUGUUGAGUUAAGAAAAGCAGCCCGACGUCCUUGGAAAAAAUUAACUGAUUGUCGAGUAUAAAACAAAAAUUUAAUUAUCUAAAUAUCUACACGUACACAACAUCAACAACACCACCACCAUCAACAAGCGCAAACCAUACAAAACAAUCUUGUCAGAUGAUUAAAUUGGGUUAUAUCGCUGAACGAUUUCAUAAUCAAUUUAAAUUUUACACACUCAUCACACACACAAGAAAGGAUCUGGGUUCUUUUUUUUAUAAAGUUAUAUAAAUUUCAUUAAGUUAAUUAAUUAAGAAACAAAAACAAAACCACCUUCAUCAUUAAUUAUCAUCAUCAAACGAAAAUCAUAUUAGAUGUAAUGAUUUUUUCUCCUUCCCUCUCUCUCUAUUCCUUUUUCUCUACUCUCUCUCUCUCUAUCUCUCUCCCCUCAGCAAUUUCAAUAAUUAAAAUUAUAAUUCAAUUAUUUGUGUAAA